AUGUGGCCAUUGCUGUGUGCCCUACCAUUGCUGGGCCUGGCUGUGGCGGAAGAUGGACUGGCGGGAUGGUUACGGUAUGCACCGCUCGCCGAUCGCUCAACCAUCCCCCAGAGCCUGCCCUCGAAUCUCGUAGCACUCAGCAGCGCGGAGGACAGCCCAGUCUUCACGGCUGGCGUGGAGAUCCGAGCCGGCUUUCGAAGCAUCUUAGGCCAGACCCUCGACUCAAAUUCAGACUCGACAGAGCGAUCGUCCACCGUCAUCGUCGGCACGCUCGAUCAGUACGUCGAGAGCUUCGGAAAUACAACCACCGUUCCGAGUCUGGGCGAGGAGGGGUUCUGGCUCAACAUUGAGGCCGACGCCGUCCAGAUCAUCGGACAAGAUGAACGCGGUGCGCUGUACGGCGCGUUCGAGUACCUGUCACGACUUGCGCAGGGGGAUUUUGCGCCCACCAGCUACAGCUCGAGUCCCAGGCAACCGAUUCGAUGGGUGAACCAGUGGGAUAGCAUGGACGACACGGCUCACCUGGGCAGUGUUGAGCGUGGCUACGGCGGGCCGUCCAUCUUCUUCGAUGAUGGCUUCAUCGUUCCCAACUUGACCCGGGCCUCCCAGUAUGCCCGUCUCCUGUCAUCGAUCGGCAUCAACGGCGUGAUCGUCAACAACGUCAAUGCAAACGUGACCCUAUUCCAAGAUGUGAACAUCGACGGACUGGGCAGGAUUGCCGAGGCCUUCCGACCGUACGGGGUGCAGCUCGGGCUGUCCGUCAAUUUCGCGGCUCCAGAAAGCUUUGGAAACCUCCCGACCAGUGAUCCCUUGGAUCCUUCCGUCAUAACAUUCUGGGAAAACAUAACCACCAAGCUCUAUGAGCGGAUUCCCGACAUGGCAGGAUAUUCGCUUAAAGCAAACACCGAGGGCCAACCGGGCCCGUUGACCUACAACCGGACUCUCGCCGACGGAGGCAAUAUGCUCGCGAGAGCUCUCAGCCCUCACGGGGGUAAUCUGAUCUACCGCGCAUUCGUCUACGAUUCCAUUGGACUCAAUUGGACCAACUGGAAAGAUGAUCGUGCCAAUGCGGCGGUGGAUUUCUUUGGGGACCACGACGGGGAGUUUGAAGAGAACGUGAUUGUCCAGAUCAAGUAUGGACCCAUCGACUUUCAAGUGCGAGAACCCGUCUCGCCACUCUUCUCGCGACUGAAGAACACGAACGUUGGCAUCGAGUUGCAGGUGACUCAAGAAUACCUGGGCCAGCAAACCCACCUGGUAUACCUUGCCCCGAUGUGGAAAGUAACCUUGGACUUCGAUCUGCGAGUCGAUGGGGAGGAAUCACGAGUCGGCGAUAUCAUCUCCGGUGAUAGAUUCGGCCGACCGCUAGGAGGAUCCGCUGCUGUCGUCAACGUCGGCACGAAUACGACAUGGCUCGGAAGUCACCUGGCGAUGUCGAACCUGUACGCAUACGGUCGGAUGGCCUGGGAUUAUACCACCGACCCUCAAGCAGCCCUCGAAGACUGGAUCCGGCUCACGUUCGGUCCCGACCCCGCCGUCCUCGAUGUCAUUACCAAGAUGUCGAUGGAGUCGUGGAGGGCCUACGAGAACUACAGCGGAAACCUCGGCAUCCAGACCCUCACGGACAUCCUGAAUACCCACUUUGGGCCGAAUCCCGCUUCGCAGGACAACAACCGAUACGGGCAGUGGACCCGCGCAGACGCCGACACCAUUGGGAUGGACCGUACCGUGUCCAACGGCACUGGGAAUUCCGGACAGUACCCGCCGGAGAUCGCGGCUAUGUACGAGAGUAUCGAGACCACGCCUGACGACCUCCUGUUGUGGUUCCACCACGUCCCCUACACGCAGGAGCUGAAGUCCGGAAAGACGGUUAUCCAACACUUCUACGACGCGCACUACGAAGGCGCCGCGACGGUGCAGGCCUGGCUCCCGCUGUGGGAGUCCCUGGAAGGCCGGAUCGACGCACAGCGCUACGAGGCGAUCCUCUUCCGGCUGAGGUACCAAAUGGGCCACUCGCUCGUGUGGCGCGACUCGAUCAGCAACUUCUACUUUAACAAGUCCGGCAUCGCUGAUCGCGCCGGGCGCGUCGGCAACUACACCUACCGCAUCGAGGCCGAGGAUAUGACACUGCGCGGGUACGCGCCCGUGGCGGUGACGCCCUUCGAGGCGGCGUCGGGGGCCCACGCCAUCGUCACGACGUCGGCCACGUUGGCGGGGACCGCAUCGGCCCGGAGCCCGUUCCCGGACGGGACGUAUGACCUGGCGAUCAACUACUUUGACCAGACGGUGGGGCGGGCGCGCUACGAGGUGUUGAUUAAUAACGCGACCGUCGGGCGCUGGACGGGCAACCUGGAGGACCAGUUCUAUCACGAGCCGUUCACGUCCCUGGACGGGCUGUCGGCGACGCGGGUGACGUUCCCGGGCGUGGAGAUCCAGGCCGGGGAUGAGAUACGGGUGGUGGGCACGCCGGACGGGAAGGAGAUGGCGCCGCUGGAUUACAUCUCGGUGCUGCCGCAGGGGGUGGUGGACUGA